AUGCCUCAACACAAACGAGGCCCAUGGUCUCAAACAGAGGACUCUAUGUUGAUGAACUUGGUCAACGUUCAUGGCGCGCACAACUGGGUCAGGAUCUCGCAGGCGAUCCAGUCGAGAUCGCCCAAGCAAUGCCGAGAGCGAUUCCACCAGAACCUGAAGCCCAACUUGAACCACGACCCAAUCACCCCCGAAGAGGGUGUCUUGAUUGAGCAGAUGGUGGCCGACAUGGGAAAGCGUUGGGCAGAGAUCGCUCGACGCCUGCGAGGACGUAGUGACAAUGCUGUCAAGAACUGGUGGAACGGCGGGAUGAAUCGGAGGCGACGAAGCAAUCAGCAACGGCGGCCGGAGAUCGAUGCUCGUCAUCCUACGGACGGCGCCCAUGGUGCUGUUCCAAACAGGCCGCUACCAUCGCAGCAGCACGCGCUACCGACAGGGUUCACGCAUGUGCAACCACACUUCUACUCGCACCCCAUGUACCAUCUUGGUCAGCCUGGCAUGCCUCACCUGGCGCGCUUACCGUCGAACGGACCUCCACUUCGAUCGCAUGGACUCGUCGAGCCUCCGUUGCCGUCGCCCUCUGGCUGGUCGCAGAUGUCGGCAGACGGCGCACCAUCAUUGAUGUCGGACACAUCAUCCCUCUCCACCCGCUCUCCUCACAACAACGCCUCGCCGAUCGAGCUUCCACCGCUGUCAGGCGACCGCACCGAACGACGUCACUCAUCUGCGCCGAUGCUACAACUUGGCGUUCCUGGCUCAUUCGCACACGAACACGACUUCCAGAUGCCGGCGAUGCCGAUGCAACGACACUACGGGAUGGAGAAGCAGCCAGCUCGUAUGCUGCAGGAGCCUUUCAUGCCGGCACAGUCAUUCCCACAUCCGAGUCAAUAUCUACCAUCACAGCCUCGCAAUCCGUCGCCGCUCCAGGUGAACAGCAAUCUACAGCAGUAUCAGUCGAUGCCGCCCCAGCAACCGAUGCAAAUGAGAGCACCGUCGAUGCAGCAUUACGGAUCUCCGGCCGCUGUUCAACUCCCCAGCAUCUCGAACAUUCAAGAAGCAAGGGCGCCGCACAUCGACCCAUCGCUGAGCCAAAUGCGCUGCACACCUAUGCCUUCGGCGCCGCUGCCCGAGGACUCGCCGAGGGACAAGAUGAGUCUGUCAAACCUGACACACUGA